AAGCAUCUGAAGCAAAUUCAUUAUGAGAUACUAUUUGUUUUUAUUGAUAGUUGCGAUUUGCGAGGCGAGCAUAAUAACAAGAGAUGUGGAUUACACGAAUCUUCAGGCAGUUUAUCACGGCCAUGGCGCUACCAGUUAUCAAAACGUGCAAAUUGAUAAUCAUGAUAAUAUACUAGUACCGGCGAACUACAGAGACCAAGCGGAAAUUGUAGAUUUGGAGCAUCAUGCAUAUUAUCAACCAAUUAUUCAAAUCGUUGACUCUCAGAACGACAUAGAUGACAUCCAUGAUAUAUCCCAUUCACACACAACUCCAUACGAAGAAUUUACUAUCGCUGAUAUCAAGUCAGAUGUAUUGGAACAUUAUUUUAAUCAUGAUGAUGAGAAACAUUAUCAUGAUCUCCCCAUAUACGAAAAUAAUUAAGGAAAUAUUAAAGAAUAUAUCAUAUUAAAAUAUUAUUUUUUUGAAUUAAUUAAUUUUGAGUAAAAUUAAUUUUAAACAAUAAAAUAUCUCUCAGGUAUGUAACUGGUUUAUUUUAUUGCUUAUAAUUAUUAAUAAUAGUAAAAUAAAAUAAAUAAUGCGUGU